AUGAUUCCUCCAAUUCCCCGCAUCGAAGACUAUGGCAUCUCGCCAGAGAGAGGCUUUCUUCCCUCAGAACUGCCGCUGCAUUGUCUGCCACACCCCGUCUAUGACCGCUGGGAGCGAAUCAUAAACAACUUCCAGUCGCUGUUGCUGUCAAAAAGAUUAAGAGCCGUUAUCAACAAAUUGCCUGUGAUCCCCGCAGUCCAUCUAGAGACCGAGGCCGAGUGGCGCAGGGCAUAUACUGUUCUGGCAUUUUUGGCUCAUGGCUACAUCUGGGGCGGGGACAAACCCGCAGAGAGAUUGCCGCCGUCCAUCACCUACCCACUCCUCCAAGUCUCCGACUACCUGGAACUCCCUCCGGUCGCCACCUACGCCGGGCUGGUUUUGUGGAACUGGAAACCACUAUUCCUCUCCGAUAGUCUCGCUCUGGAAAAUAUUUCCACCUUGAUCACCUUCACAGGUUCGCUGGACGAACAAUGGUUUUAUUCGGUCAGUGUGGCCAUGGAGGCAAAGGGAGGCCCGUCAAUCCCCCUCAUGCUGAAAGCGAUGCAAGCGGCCCGAGACAAUGAUGUGGAAACGGUUUCAAAAUGUUUACAAUCAUUCGCCCAAACGCUGGACGAGUUGGGCACCCUGCUGGCGAGGAUGUACGACAGUUGCGAUCCUCACGUUUUCUAUCACCGCAUACGACCCUUUUUGGCCGGAAGCAAAAACAUGAAAGACGCAGGUCUCCCCCGUGGUGUUUUUUACGAUGAUGGCAGCAUGCACUCCACGUGGCGGCAGUAUGGCGGCGGAUCCAACGCGCAGAGUAGCAUGAUCCAAUUCUUCGAUAUCGUUCUCGGGGUUGAGCACAGACCUACUGGGGCCAAAAAGGACGAGACUUCCGAAUCCGAGGCCGAGCCAGGAGCGGCUCCAAAACCCCGGCAUAAUUUCAUCCACGAGAUGAGACAGUAUAUGCCUGGUCCUCACCGAAGGUUCUUGCAGGCAGUGGAAGGAGUGGCCAAUAUCCGAGACUUUGUCGAGUAUAACAAAUCGAAUCAACAGCUGACGGUUUCAUAUGAUGCGUGUCUGGCAAUGCUUCGAGCUCUGCGAGACAAGCAUAUCCAGAUGGUUUCGAGGUACAUCAUCGUCAAGAGCCGAGAAUCGAGGAGCCUGUCAAGGUCACGGAGAGAGAGCAGCUCUGAUCCAGUCCCUCGGGGUGGCAUGGGAAUUGCUGCGAUUCGCUAUGGUCGGCCCGAAGAAGCGGGGGCCGCACAGAAGAAGAAGAAGAUGCGUGGGACUGGUGGGACAGCGCUCAUCCCAUUCUUGAAGCAAGCGAGAGACGAGACUGGCGAGCCAGCUGUCGAUGCCUGGGCCCGCAAACUUCUCAUGGGAGGUCGGCGAACGGAAGCCGAUGCUGAGAUUGCAUUUGAGGACAGAAUCACUCGCGCGGAGAAUUUGGAUGCAGAUGAGCCUCAGAUUGUGGGAAUGGCUGGCGCUUGGGACCUAGAGGAUGCUGGCGGUGGUCUUUGUGCUUAUUGA